AGCAUACACAUCUCUCUGCAACUUCUGCAGCUUCAGUCUCGGUUUCGACUAGUAUCUAGUUGUUAGUGAUAGUUCUCUGCUCAGUGUGAAGUGGACUUAAGAGAAAUGCUGCUGCUGUCGGUGCAGGUUACGUCAAUAUUGAUAUUAACGUUUCUACAUGCAAAUGCAGAGGCUCCUCCGGGAUACGUCAAGCCUGCAGAACCUGCGGACAAAAACCCUCCCAAAUACGAAUAUGGCUACAACAUAGACGACAAAGGAACAUCGCAUGGAAAACUCGAAACCCGAGAUGGAAUAUACGCUCUUGGAAGGUACUACGUACAAGGCAUCGACUCCACCCACAACGUCCAAUACUACGCCGACGAUUGGGGUUACCAUCCUUUCAUUGAAUACAGCAAUGUGGGACCACACAGUAGAACAAGAACUCAACUGUUAUUAGGUGUAGAGGCUGUAAAAGCUUUGGCGUCCAACAAGUUCACUCCGCACUCUGUACAACCUAAACAACACGUCACCCAAACCAUCACCAGCAAACUGUCCACCAGAGACGGAAAAACAGCUCCAGCCCCACAAAAGCAACCACUUCAAAUCGUUGUCGAACAACAACAACCUCAACAAGUUGUGGUAGAGCAACCGCAAGUCGUCGUUCAACAGCAACAAGUUGAACAACCUCAACACAUCGUGGUGCAACAACCACAAGAAAUCGUCGUGCAACAACCGCAACAAAUCACGGUACAACAACCCCAGCAAAUCACGGUACAACAACCCCAACAAACCCAGCAGAUCUCCCAAAUCCAACAGAGCCAACUGCAGUCGCAACAGAUCGCAUCCGACCAGUCCGACUCCAUCGUGGUUGAAGCCAGCGGUAGACAAUCUCAGCAAAAUUUGAUUCAGGAAAGCGCUCAACAACAACAGUUUGGUCAAGGGAGCGUCCAGCAAAGACUGGCGCAGCCUCAAGUCGAACAAAUUUUGCUCAGACAGGAGAUUUCACACCAACAGGUUCCCAAUGUAGAGCCAAGAUUGGCUCAACCUCAGCUCGAACAAGUGCAACUAGGACAAGAAAUUUCGCACCAAGUUCAACAACAGGAUUUGUCGCAGUUGAAUCUUCAACAAAUUUCUCGGCAGCAACAGGAUUUGUCUCAACCACAAAGUCUUGCUCUUCAGGGUAACCUGAUUCAAGAUAGCGGUAAAUCGAUUCAAGAUAACUUGGUUAUCAGCCAGCAGUCGUCUGGAAUUGAGGGUGAAUUGCUUCAACGAAGCAACCAGCAACAGCUGAUCCAACAAUCUCAAGUCAGUCUUGGUGGUUUCGGCUCUAGGCUCAAUCUUUUGGGGAGGAGGAGACCUACGUACAACGUGCAAAUUCAAGACUCUCCUCAUAUACUUAUCGAAAAUACAAGGAAUUUAGUUUCGGGACAAGACGUGUUGAACAUUAAUGGAGCAGCUGACCAGAAGAUUGAAACUAAUAUUGAGACGAGCACUGCUAGAGCAAUCGCAGCUGAUCAGAACCUUGUGGAAGUUAGUACUGCAAGAAGCUUGAUCAACGAACCUAUUAUAGUUCCCGAGUUUGACGAAAAGAUCCUUUCAAGUACCGAAAACUAUUUGAAUUUGGGACAAGGUAGAGAACAGAUUUAUUCUACCACUGCCAACACUGUAGAAACCGUUUCUACGAAAUCUUAUAGUGUGACCGAACCUUCCGCUCUUUUGGUCACUCCCAGACCAAUUAGUACCAACUUUUUGGCACCUAUUACAGCCGGAAUUCAACUACAAGGUAACGAAAACAGCAGAAUUCAGUUGCAACAGGCCGAAAAUAGCCAAAACGUAGCCACAAGCAUCCAAUUACAAAGCGUUGAAAGCAACCAGAAACUCCAAAGUAGUGGCCAAAGCAACAACGUUGUUGUUGAAGUUCAAAAAAGUUUGCCGUUCUACUUAGGGAAAUUCGAAUAUGAACAGAAUCCUAGUGCUUUAGGUUCGAUUGAACAAGUGUCCACAAGACAGAGUCAAUCCGGAAACUUGCAAGAGAAAGCCGUCGAAAAUAUUGAAUUAGGUAAAACGCUUCUAGCUUUCCCGGAACAAAAAUCUGAACAACGUGACUCUGUUCAAUUCCGUCAACAAUUAGAACAGCAGCAACAAUUAGGACAGCAACAACAGCUAAAACAACAGCAACAGUUAGAACAGCAGUUCCAGCAACAAUUAGAACAACAACAACAAUUGCAGCAACAAUUACAGCAACAACUAGAACAAAGUGACAGUGCUCAAUUCCGUCAACAAUUAGAACAACAACAACAACAACAACAACAGUUAGAACAAGGUGACAAUGUCCAAUUCCGUCAACAAUUAGGACAACAGCAGCAAUUAGAACAAGGCGAGAGUGUUCAAUUCCGUCAACAGUUAGAACAACAACAGUUAGAACAAGGUGACAAUGUCCAAUUCCGUCAACAAUUAGGACAACAGCAGCAAUUAGAACAAGGCGACAGUGUCCAAUUCCGUCAACAAUUAGGACAACAACAAAGCGGCGAGAUCCAAUUGGAACAACUGCAACAAGCAUAUCAACAGCAAGUAGGCGGAGGCGCACAGUUGCGACAACAACAACUUCCCGAAUCCUCACUCAAAGAAAACUUUAUCGAAAUCGACCAGCAACAAGCACAAGGAAUCCAACACCAAGUUACCAUACAACAAGUCAGUAGUACUCCUUCCCCGCUUAUAAUUGAAAAGGUUGUCGAAAGAAAAGUACCAUACCCUGUCGUACAAACAAAAAUUGUAGAAAAACCUGUACAAGUAACGAAAAUAGUCAAAGAGCCUUAUCCCGUCGGAGUACCAGUGCAUGUUCCAGUGCAAGUACCGGUAGCUGUGGAAAGACGUGUACCUUAUCCAGUACAAGUGGAAAAAAUCGUUGAAAAACCUGUCAAAGUAACCGAGUUUGUUGAGAAACGUAUCCACGUUCCUCAGCCCUACCCAGUUGAGAAAAUCGUUGAGAAACAAGUACAUGUUCCCGUGGAAGUCACCAAGUACGUUGAUAGGCCAUAUCCGGUGCAAGUACCUGUAGCUCAACCAUACCCUGUGGACAGAGUUGUGGAAAAAAUCGUGAAACAACCGUACCCGGUCACCGUUAAAGUACCAGUUGAAGUGAAAGUACCCUAUCCUGUUGAGAAAAUCGUCGAGAAAAAAGUGCCGGUACCACAGUACAUAGAGAAACAAGUACCGGUUGACAGAAUCGUCGAAAAACACGUACCACAUUAUAUCGACAGACCGUAUCCCGUGGGAAUCGAAGUCCCUGUACCUGUAGCCCAAGUUUACGCUGUAACGUUGGGUAAAACCGUCCAACCGGCUCCUUUAAGCACUCUUUCCGCACCACAACUGGUACAACCAUCCCAGAGAUACGGCGUGGCUGUUAAAACUAUCAACGAUUACCAACAGCAAGGACCACAGAAGUUACAAGGGUUGCAGCUGCAAAGACAGCAAGGGCUACAAUUCCAAGGCCAACAAUUCCAAGGACAACAAUUACAAGGACAGCUCCAAGUAGACCAGAGACAGCAAGGGCUGCAACUCCAAGAACAGCAACUACAAGGCCAACUCCAAAUAGACCAGACUUUCCUCCAAAGUAGUACUCGUUCGAAUCAGUACCUAUCUCCACAACCCCAAUUACAAGAAAACAACGGUUACCUGCCCCCAGCGCACAACUGUGAUCAACACAACAGUUUUAGUAGCAAAAACGUGUACUACACCAUCCAACCAGACGACUAUAUAGGUUUGUCUCCACCUAGACUGCAAGACGCUGACCAGAACUCCCCCAUCAAGUACAGAAAUGCCCGUUCCAACUUCAACUCCAACUUGAGGGUGGAAUAUGGGUUCAAACCCCCACUAAGACCAUCCCAGGAGAUCGACGAGAACGGGAAGCCUGUUAUCCGGGAACAACCAUAGUGGUCUUCGUUUCAGUGAUAUUUGAAUGCCAUGGAUGUAUAUUUUUCGUUUUAGCAUUAACAGAGUUCAUUUCUAGGGAAGGUUUUCAUCAUCGUACACGUUUUGCUUUUUGGUUACCGUUUACUAGACGUUCCUCAGGGUAGUCUACAGCUUUCUUCUCAUUCAUCGUUCUUUCAUUGGAUUUCAUGUCUCAUGUGUCAUUUAUUUUAGUCCUACAAAAAUGUAGUAUUUAUUAUUUUAAUGCUAGUGUUUAGGUAUUUAAUUGUUUUUAGUCAACAGUCUGUUUUAGUUUUAAGAACUGCUGCUGAAUAUACUGAGUGUGAUUUUAACGUGUAUUGUGUACGUUAAA